AUCCUUGUUGUGUUGCAGCCUAAUGACCCAAUUAUUUCAUUCAGGUGUGGUGCAGCAGAGGCACACCUAAAAGUUGCAGGGCAGGCACACCUGUGCACCAGUAGGUGGCGGUAGGGCGCCACAACGUUGUUUGCCAGGGUGAUCGUCACGUGAUUCAGUCAACUUCCUGUUUAUCACUUGUUUUGUGCAACUCAGAGCGCUGGACUGUCCUGUUGGACCUGUCGGUCACAUUAACUGCUGCCGCGUUCAUUUCUUCUCAGAACUAUUGAACCUGGUCCCGUUCGUCGUCAUGGUGACGCUCCACUGAGCGAGCCUGGCAGGAUCCUGGAGAUUUCCUGAUUUCAAGUUCGGAGAGGAGCCCAGAAGGAACGGUGCGCGUUUUGCACAGGAAUAGAAACCGGACCAGAACCAUCAGCGUCGGUGUGCUGAACUGGCUCCCGCCGCAACACCGCUAGCUCUGUAGCCGCGCGGCUAAGUCCCGGGACCACCGGCAAGUCGCCGCCCAGCGGCCCGACAGCGGCUCGUGUCUUCCUGGGGUGGAGCUGCUCACCGCUGCCGUGAAUUCAGGACGACCGCCCGGCUCUGGCCCCCUUAAGCGGGCAGUCAGGAAGAAGCUCGCCGGGAAGGGAUGGCCAGGUCGGUCUUCCCGUUCCACAAGACAGGGCUCUGCGGUCUUUGAAGGCGGACAAGUGCGGCUGGAGGCGACCACCGCGGUUCGAGACGCCAUGAUGGCCGCCUCCCCCUCCGCGGCCGGCGGGUUUACGGUUUCCGGCGUGUCGGUGAGAAAGAGCGAGCAGAUAGUGGACCUGAUCGAUCUGUUCUCCAAGACCCAGUAUCGAGCAAAGGAAGUCAGUCCUCGGGUGGAGGCCAUAGAGAAGCGAUGUCUGGAGCUGUUUGAUAGAGACUACAAGUACAGCAUCAUCUCCAACUCCAGCGGCGAGGUCUGCGGCCACUACCCCCGCCAGAUCGUUUUUCUGGAGUACGAGUCCACGGAGGUGGACAGAGACAGAGACAGGUUUGAGAGCACGGUGCAGAUCAGCAAGCUGCAGGACCUGGUUAGCAGAAGUAAAAUGGCUCGCUGCAGAGGGAGGUUCGUCUGCCCCGUCAUCCUUUACAACGGAAAGCACAUUUGCCGCUCAGCCACCCUGGCAGGUUGGGGGGAGCUGUAUGGGCGGACGGGCUACAACUACAUCUUCUCAGGGGGCAGCGACGACACCUGGACCGAGCCAGAGGAGGUUCCCGAGGACGACCCGGCAGUCAGGAACGGCGAGUCCCAGCUCUUUGACAAAGUUCGAGGUCACGACAUCAAGCUGCUUCGCUACCUCUCGGUUCGCUACAUCUGUGACCUCAUGGUAGAGAACAAGAAGGUCAAGUUCGGCCUAAAUGUGACGUCUUCUGAGAAGGUGGACAAGGCGCAGCGCUACGCCGACUUCACCCUGCUCUCUGUGCCUUACCCAGGCUGCGAGUUUUUCAAGGACUACAAAGACAGAGACUACACGGCGGAGGGCCUGGUGUUCAACUGGAAUCAGGACUUCGUGGACGCUCCCCUGACCAUCCCCGCGCGCUUCACUCAGAACCUGAACAUCGACUGGACUCGGUACCAGUCGUGGGACCUGGUGGAGCAGACCCAGAACUACCUGAAGCUGCUCCUCCACAUCAUCAACAGCGAUGAUGACAGCGGACUGCUGGUGCACUGCAUAUCAGGCUGGGACCGAACACCGCUGUUUGUUUCCCUCCUCAGACUCUCCCUGUGGGCAGAUGGCGCCGUGCACGCUAACCUGGAGCCUGCUGAGAUCCUCUACCUGACCAUUGCUUAUGACUGGUUUCUCUUUGGUCACAUGCUGCCAGAUCGCCUCUCCAAAGGGGAAGAGAUUUUCUUUUUUUGCUUCAAUUUUUUGAAGCACAUUGUCUCAGAGAAGUUCUCUGCUGUCAGGAAACAGAGGAGGAAAAAUUCCCACUUCAAAGACAAUGACUUCACUGUGGAGGACCUCUGCCAGCUGAGGUCCAGGGACCGCGGCAGCAUCACCAGUCUGAGCAGCGACUUCUCCCUCAUCACAGAAGAGCUGGCUGGAGCCUCCUGUCCCAACGCCGACCCUGUGGACCUGUUCUCCGGCCAACCCCAGGCCUCCAGCGGAAGGAAAGCGCCUGCCUCCUCUCCUCCGAUGGUGUCCUGGUGUAAACAGAACCCUCUUGAUGAGACUUUCUCCCAUCCAGCCAGCGAGGCCAAGUCUUCCAGCUCGUCCUCCUCCAACCAAUCAGACCACGGCGUCGCACGCUCCGGCAGCAGCCCAUUGGCUGUCCCCACUAGAGGGUUAGCAGCAGAGUACUCCAGAUCAGGCUCCUCCCUGUCCACAGAGUACGGAAGCUGGCAGAUAGUUUCCGGUUGUGGCAGCAUCCACGACCACGGCCACUUUUCUCAGCCGAUGGCCUCGGUUUCCUCCAACUCGUCUGCUGUCACCGCUGCCUACGAUUCCCCACUGCCCUUCAGCUUCCAGGACGAAGGGCCCAGUGGGCGGAUGUGCUCGCUGCGGUCAGAGCGCCAGGCCCGCCUGGAGGCGGUUCGGGAGAUCUUCCUGGCCGCCUACAGCUCCACCGUGGGCCUCAGGUCCUCGGCCCCCAGCCCUUCCGGUGCCAUCUCCGGCCUGCUGGAGCAGUUUGCCCGCGGGGUCGGCCUCCGUGGCAGCAACACCAUCGUUUGAACUCUUCCUCUGUGACUCCAUCCCCCGACCCCUUGUAGCUUCCAUGUUUCACCCCAUCCUGGGGCCAGAUGCAUAAAAGAGUUUCAUGAUCAAAAUGGUUGUGUUCACACACAUCAAGAAGACGUGUUCGUGCACUGUUAUCACUCGUAAACCGUAAGCUUCUUGAAAUCGUACACGCGUCUAUGAUUCCAUUUUUCUUUUUAAAGCAGAAUUUGAUCUGCUGGAGAGAACGAGAUGCACAGCGACACAGCGUGGCACUUAUCAGUGGUUCCUGUUUUCCCCUGCCGUGUGAACAAGCUCAAAUUGGAGAGCGACGCAGAGCGUUGACCAGAGCGUUGACCAGAGCGUUGACCAGAGGUUGCGCUCCACAGUAGACCGCCAUGUAGAAGAGCUGAUUAUUAUUGUAAGAUGGCAGAAAGCAUCUUUAGAACUGAUCCUGGUCGAAAUGCAGCGUCACUUCUCCAGUCGGAUGUUUGGAACGGUGAUGGAGAAUUAUCAGCUGCUCGUUCGUCCCUUCCCAGUCUGCUGCCGCCUUCACUCCAGCAGUCUGGUAACCAAUAGCAACGAUCCCCGUCCAGGAGCAGCCGGAGGUUUUCGCAUGUUCGUGUGAAACACAUAAAGGCCACCGCUGGUCUCAAACGGUGUCUGCAUCUGAUGAUGGUGUGAAAACAUUGUUAUGCAUCUGGCCUCAAUGACGUGCCAAUCAGCUCUGCUCAGGUAAUGCGCCCACAUUGUAUUUCCAUCCUGGAGACGUUCUCGCGUUCAGGGAGAGGAUUAGCUUCCUCCAGGCUGACCGACUAAAAGGGACAGUGGGAAAUGGAGACGAGCCUUUAAUCCUCCCAAUCCCCACCCCAGUACUAAGAGUCCUGUCAGCAGAAUGGUUUUACUUUUCUUUCUUGCUGCUAUUGUUUCCAAAGCCAGUCCAGAGGGAAGAACUGCACUUCAGGUGGUUAGUGUAGAGAACAGCACUCUUCUGCUAGCUAGCUCUUAGUUUUUUUUGUCUCUCUUCUUUGCUGCAUUCGCCCACUGAUUUGGCAGAUUUAAACGCAGCUCUGUUCUGCCUGUGUUGAAAAGAUGAAGGUACCAUUAAAUGCAACGUCGUCGGCAAUGGCAGACCUGGCCAGAAAAAUUCAGACUUUAUGGGGAGAAUAUUUCAGUAGAAGAACUUCAGCAGGUAGAGGAAAGUGUGUGGGGGUCAUACAGAGUGUUGUUCAGCGCUCUUGAAUUAAAUCUUCAAGCGUGACACGACAUGAGAUUGCAGCCUCAUCUCACGUCUCUCUCUUUUGCUUCUGUACGUUUGCGUUUGUUGGUAGAAUCGGCCUCGUCCAGCAUGUUCCGUGUUCAGUUGAAACACCGUUGUCCAAGUAGAAAUCACUCUUAUGUCAGCCAAUCAGUGAUCCAGUUAUAAAAAUCUUUUUUUUCCAGUCUCUUGUUGAGCUUGAGGAAAGGCUCUGGGUCAGUUCUAGUCGCGGUUAGAAACGGAUGUCUACCAAAACAGAGUCAGUGACGCUCGAUGGUUUGCUGGUUUAGCAUCGUCGUGUUGUGGAUGUGCUUUGUAAACCUUGUGACAGAACUUGUCUGAAGUGUUGAAACCUUGAACUCCAUCACUGGACGGAGCCAAACGGGUUUAUGUUUUUGGGUUUGCAAGACGCAUUUCUCACCAGUCCCUCCUCUCUCUGGGAUGACACAACACGCACCCCCUAUGUGUCCAUCGGCUUCAACAUUGCGCAACUGUCCGCCAUCUGUACUCCCACACAUGGUGGGGACAUUCCACAAUGUGACAACUGGCCUCCGACCCAGGAAUGCUGCCAUCUGCGUCCAGGAGGGAUCCUCUGAAUCUGGUGAUAGUCAUUGUUUUGACUGGCUGCCUGGCGCUGCAGCAGCUCCCUGUAACUCUGUUACCCUCUUCAAUACACCUACACAUCUGCCUUUUAGCCGUUAUGUGCAGAUUAAAUCACCGACGUCUGCAUUUGUACCAAAUUAUGUCCAAACUGAACUGUUAAAACUGCCUUGUUUGCCAUUGUGUUUAGCUUUGACGUCUCGUGUGUCACUUCACACCCAAGUUGAAUGACCUUCAACCUUUUCUUUUUCAUCCGGUACAGCCAGGAUGAACUGACCUACACCGGUCUUGUCUUAUACCUGUUUUCUUUGGUCUGUAGUUGAUUUUCUCAGUAUAAAAUCAGUUUGAUUGGAUGUGUGAAGGGACUGUUCCCUGGUGGCCUUAUCAAAAUCUUAAUAAAGCGCUAAUCAUGCUGGCCUCUAGUUCAGCUGCAUACAUAUCUUCUUGAGUCUAGAUUACUGUUGAGUGGCAGCCUGGAGAAUUUCAUCUCGAAUCCAAAGGCCUUCUCAAUGUGGGUUGUUGGGGCUUCCAGAAUGUUCUCAACACUGUGCCUUUAAGGACGCUCUUACCAGACUGUAUUUUUGGACUUUAAUUAAAGUUUUUAACCCUUCUUCUAUGUUUUAUCUGGUUGAUGUGUUGCUCAACAUUGCCACAGUGUUGGUGGCUGGUAUACCUCAGGACCUUUUGGUUGUGCCUCCUAUUUAACCUCAGCAACGUUUCCAUCCCAUCGUUGCUCCUUCAGAUAGAACAGCCAUUCUUUCAUAGUCAGCCUUGUUAACUUGCAUUACUCUGUGUUGAGUCUUCCAGCCACCCAGAGGACACGGGAAGAGGUCCUCUCAGUUCGGGCUUUGAGAUCAAUGUAGCAGAGUAAUGCUUAUUUUAUGGGACAAAAAAAGUUAGAUAAUUAACCAACCUUGGUUCGUUCAGUGAUGAAAACACCGACCCGUGUUCCCGUCUGGAAUCUGCUGUGAGUCUGUGUUUCUAUAUCCUGUCAGAUGUUUGAUGAAUCAGUUCAGUCUGGUAAAGCAGUUUGUUUUCAAAGUAAAUCUCAAACAGAACAAUCAGUGUUCAGGUGGAUCGAAUGAAUGUCUCAAAGUCAGAUGAGCCGUCUCUUUGUUUCCCUGCUGGGGUCCAGCGCUGCUCAUCCCCAUUCCUACCAUUUUUUGUCUUUUGUGGCCUCACGUUCAGAUCCUGGAAGUGACGCCUAUCACAGAACACCUGCCGAAACCCAAAUGUUCAGAAAUAGUGUUUUAAUCUCAGCUGUCGAUAGAAGCUCCCGAUUUACCGGUCGGUGUGUUUUACUAUCCCCAUAUGUGGUCACAACCUCUGGGCAGUGACCAAAAGAAUGAGAUCAUGGAUACAAACAACCUAAUGAGUUUCCUCAUUGGUCUUCUGAGGAGUGUCUGGGGCAGGGGGGGGCAACUCCAGGCUUUGAGGGCCAGCGUCCUGCAACGUCUAGAUGUGAAUCUACUUCAACACACUCGAGUCAAAUAAUGAGGUCAUUGGCAGGACUCUGGAGAACGUGAGCGCCCUUGGGAGGUGACUCAGCUGUUUGAUUGAAGUGUGUUGGACCAGGGAGACGUAAGCGUUGCAGGACGCUGGCUCCUCCAGGACACAGGAUUGCUCACUCCUGGUCUACAGUCUGGAUAAGAAGUUUUGUCUUCGGGGAGUGACUCAGUAGAGCCGCUGCUUCUCCGCGUCGAAGUGGCUCCGACGUCUGGUUAGAUCGUCUCCUGGUUAGGACGCCUCUGGGUUUGGAGGAGUCCUAAUCUGGAGGAGUUGGGUCACCUCCUAAUCUGGACAAGACCUGAUUAGGAGGACGCCUCCUGGUGAGGUGUUCCUGGCCCAUCCCACCAGGAAACCCAGAGGAAGACCCACGACACUUUGGAGGGAAGAUGUUCCUCUGCUGACCUGGGAGGGAAGCCUGGGUCCGUCUGCUUUGGCUUCCGACCUUGUGAUCCUAAUCCAGAUUAAGCAGGAGCUGAUGAACGAAUCUCAACUGCUGUCUCCUUCAAAUCAUCUUGUCGUUCACUAAUUGUUGGGUUUUUCUUCCCAAAGGGGUCACAUAAUUGUUUUAGAAUUAAUUUAAAGGGUUGAUUGAAAUGCUGCAUUGCACUUGUCCUUGUUUGAUCUCUGUCAGAAAAUGUUUGUUUCAUUGUACACAUGGUGCAUUUUAAGAGGUUUUCUUUAGGUUGUAUAUUGCUUGUAAUUGUUGCCAGGUGACAGGUUAUGAUGAAAGCUGAGCUGCAUAUUCUCAAUAAAGAAACCAGACAAAAGUGUU